UUCAUCGUCCCUCUGUCUACUGCUGUCUGGAAGGAACCGAAAACCCUAGUUUUGUUUGGUUUGUUUCGUUGAAAACCCUAGUUUAAUCAGAUAAGAAUUUGCAGGAACGAAAAUGGGGAUAAUUAGGAGUGGAUUUCAAUUCAUACUUUCUACGGGAUUUGGGAUUUAUAUUGCUCAGAAUUACAAUGUUCCAAACAUCAAAAAGCUUGUAAAUACUGGGAUGGUAAUGGCUAAACACAUCGAAGAGAAUUACAGGAAGCCGAAGAAGAGGGAAGAAGAAGAUGUAUAGAUAGUAGUUCAAGAGAAAAAGUAAGCGAGAUGGUUAUAGAGAAUCAACAACUCAGGUUCUUCUUAGUUUAAUUUUGAUUUUGAUUUUGAUUUUUUUCCCCUUGGUUAUGGUGAAAAAUACUAUAGUAGAUUCAACUGAAAUAUUAUUGUUCAAGAGUAUAUAGUUGAAGCUUUGAAUUACUACUGACUCAGUUUUUAAUGGGAAAUAUGCUUUGUUCUUUCUUUUAUUGAUUAAUGAAUGAUUUCUGCUA